UCCUCCCUUUCCUGGCCUCCCUGCUGCGGUGUGGGGGAUCCGCUGAGCAAGGCCGGGACCGGGUAUGAGCGAUGCCGCUCCUGGCUGCAGGCGGCUCCCGAGUCCGGGCGCUGGCGUUCUGGCUGCGGAGCGCUAGGCAGUGUGCAGCUGCCGCGCUGCCUCGUCCUCCGGGGAUCCGCGCACCAGCGGCGCGCAGCCCCCGAUGGGCGGCUCUGAACGACUCUCCGAGCGCGUCUAGUUGCGGGGUCCCGAUGCUGCCGCGGGCCCGAGGUCCGGGAUCAGUUGGAGCCCUUCCCAGGGCUGAAGGGAGACUAGAACAGAUCAUAUUUUCUCCUGUGUCACCUGUUCGCUGCUUCAGCACCUCCUCCUUUCAUGGACAACUAGAAGAUGGAAGACUAGUUUAUACUGGGAAUCUGGCAAAGACUGUGUUGGGUGUGAAGUUUUUCUCUUACUCUACGAGCAUGUUUAGCUUUUGCAUGAUGCCCUACAUCAUCUUGAAAACUGGCAUUGGAGUGGAAAGUGUGUUUUUACAAACUGCGUUUUACGGCAUUGUAGGAUUCUUUACAUUUAUAACACCAGUUACCCUGCAUCUGCUUACAAAGGGCUAUGUGGUUCGACUGUAUCAUAAGGCUGAGACGGACACGUACAGCAUUACAUAUAAUGCUAUGCUGGGAAAAAGAACUGUGUUCCAUCAGAGGGAUGUCAAGGUUCCAGACAUCAGCAAGAUGUUUACAACAUUUUAUGCCAAAACUAAAUCAAUGCUUGUUAAUCCAAUGCUUUUCACAUAUCCACAGGAUUAUAACCAUCUCAUGGGCUAUGACAAACCUUAUUUUGACCUGGAGGAACAAAAAGAAUCCAGUGAAAGCAAAUAGAAUUAGACGAUAGAGUGAAGGUGACUGUCUUUUUUUGUAUUUGUCCAGUGCAUCAUUUCUAAAACCACACAGAAUUCUGUAACACAUUCGUAAGUGUCAGAUAAUUGAGUUUCUUUAUCAUAUUUCGGAAUGUAUCGAAAACUGAAGCUUUUUAAUUUCAGACAAUCUGAAGUGUCAUCUUAGAAUUAAAAUUAAAAUAGAUGCUUA